GCGGUAUUGUCUAUUGAACUGACCUAGAGAACUUUGCGGAGAUUUUGCUUCCAGUUCACCCAUCUGGUAAUGUUGGAUCCAGAUGUUAAAAAGGCUAUUGAAGCACACAGACAGAAAACUGUUAUGGCGAACCAACAAAUUAGCGUGUUAAAUUCUCAAAUAGAGUCGCUUAACAUAAAGUUCAGGCGGUCACAAUUAAUUGAGAGUGAAUUAGUUACCUUGCCUGAAGAUGUAGCUACUUAUAAAGCAUGUGGGAGAAUGUUCAUCAAGAAGACUAGGGAAACUCUAAUUGAAGAUAUAAAGAAGGACAGAGACAAAGUCACUGAUUCUAUUGAAAUUUCUCAGAAAGCCCGAGACACAGUGAAUAAUGAGUUAAGUGAGUCUAAAGAGGUGUUGCGUGAGCUUCUAAGUUCAAAGCAGUCCUAACAACAACUUUACAUCGGAACGAGUUGUGAUUGUAUAGUUUGAAAUAUAUUCAUUCAUUGCUUC